GGUCUCGGGUCCUUUCUGGAUGAUGCCGCCGAGUGCUGACAAAAGACGCAAAGGUGGCCCGUCAUUGCGCUCAUAAUUAUCGGGGGGUUGAUCAUCAUCUCGGUGACCUGGUGCAUCAUUCGGUGCGCAUGCUGCGGGCUUUCAUGCUGCUGCUCCUGCUUCUCAUGCCUCCGGUGCUGUGGUAACUGCUGCGGUUGUUGCGAUCCUCCCAGAGGCAGGCGCAAGUACCUUGACGAGCCCUACAUACCUCCGAACUACGGAUACAAGUCGCAGGAACCGAUGCAUGCCGGCUUCAAUGCUGGCUCAACUGCAUCCCCAUUGUCCAAGGGGCCCGGGUUUCCUCAGUACGCCGAGUUCGAUGCAGGCGGCAAGAAGGACGAGGACGCUCUUCCGCAGAUGCCGAGCUGGGAGGGCGCAGAGCAGAAGAAGGUGCUCGUGGAGGAGGAGGCCGUCGAGAUGAGUGCACUUAAGAAACCCGAAACUGGCGGGGAAGCUGCUCGGCCGAUGUCCCCGCAUAGCUCUCGCUCGCCGGUCAAUCGAAGCCCGUACGGCCCACCAGGCGGUGGUCCUGGGUCUGGCGGGUACCAUGCCGCCAGCACGGUCGACUACGACGGCCCCUAUGCACAGGAUGCUCCGGCUUACAACCACCCAGGCGUGGCUUACGGCGAGGCGGAGCAUGGAUACGGGGCUGGCGGCUUCGCAAUGGGUCCUGAGCGGCGGUCACCCCAGGCCUUCAAUAACGUUGGAUACGGCGGGUAUAGCAACAUCAACAACUACGGACAAGCACGCGACUACCCCGGCUCCGGAAGGCAAGGGAGCUACGACAAUUACGGUGCAGCGCAUCAGCAACCCUACGACAGUUACGACAACUUUGGCGGCCCUCAAGCCGACCAAGGCUACGGCAUUGCGCGGCACCAAACCCCCAGCCGCGAACUGAACAACGCCUCCCCCUUCCCCGGCGACUCAAGACGCUCACCAGCACCGCAAAGCCCUUACGGCCCCGAUGCGCGCCGCUCUCCCGCCCCACAAGGGCCAUACGGUGCCGAAUCGCGCCGCUCCCCAGGCCCCGCGGCUUAUGGCGGCUCUCCUCCCUACGGCGGCGGCCCCGACCCACGGCGGUCCCCCGCGCCGCAAGGCGAUUACGGCAGCAGGCGAUCCCCCGCACCCCGGCAAGGACCCUACGGCGGGGCCCGUUCGCCGCCGCAGCGGCAGUACUCCAACAACGGCAUGCACUCGCCCGUUGGCGGGGUUGGCGGCUUUGGUUCGAACGGGCCGACGCCGCUGAGGAACGAGGGCGGGUUCGACUUCACAUCCGGGUACAGCCGCCCGCCGGUGGAGAGGAGCGCGGCGGCAAGCCCUGUGAACGGGCCAGGAGGAUAUCGGCAGCCGAGCCCGUCUGCCGAGUUCGGCGGCGGCGGCGGCGGGGGGUAUUCGGGGUAUCAACCCUAUAAGCCGGCGUAAGGGUCGCAUGUCUGCUUGGCGUCACGGACGCGAAAGCAUUGGGGGAAAGGGAGCCUCGAUUUCGGAUCCAUGGAUUGAUAUAUCCUAUGGAUGUUUCAACGGCAUUGUUGGUGCCGGUGUCAUUGUCGUUUCUCCGCAUGGUUGCCUUUGUUGCUUGUUUCUUUUCUUGUUUUUUUUUCUCAUGACCAGGGAGGCUAUGCUGGGGACAACAACUAGGAGAUGCGUAUCGGUGAGGCUAUGUGACGUGGGUGGUGAUGGAGGGAGGUGUGAUACCUUGUUGUUCUGGCCGCACUGUUACCGUGUUGGACUUUUCCUGGUGUACAAAGGUGUAAGCG